GCACAUGACCGGGACACAAGGAAGUGUUGUGUCAAACAGAAACAGGGGCGAGUCUGUCUUGUUUUUUCCUCCCGAGAGGACUCGGUAACAACAUUUCACGCUCUUAUAAAGCACAGAGCUGAAGGAAGACACGGGCGGCUUCACUAGUUUGUUAUUCAUUUAUGAAAAUGGGUUCAAAUCGCUCUUUUCCGCUGGUCUUAUUGAAUUGUCUGCUAAUCUGCGUCACUCUGUGGAGCAACCUGAGCAGCGGCGUGUUUGCUAAAUCAUCCCGGAGACCGAACAUUGUUUUGAUCCUCACCGACGACUUGGACAUCGCUAUCGGGGGUCUGAGUCCACUCACCAAGACGAAAAAACUAAUUGGUGAUGCAGGGAUAGCAUUCACAAACGCAUUUGUCGCCAGCCCGCUGUGCUGCCCGAGUCGAGCCAGCAUCCUGACAGGGAAAUACCCCCACAACCACCACGUCAUCAACAACACCUUAGAGGGAAACUGCAGCAGCAAGGUCUGGCAGAAGAGCGAGGAAGCACAGACCUUCCCUGCACUGCUGAAGACGUACGCCGGCUACCAGACCUUCUUCGCUGGGAAAUACCUUAACCAGUACGGGCACCCAGAGGCUGGUGGAGUGGCGCACGUUCCUCCAGGCUGGAACUACUGGGUCGGACUGGAGAAGAACUCUAAAUACUACAACUACACUCUGUCAGUGAAUGGAAAGCCUGAGGAACACGGAGCAGACUACAGCAAAGACUACCUGACAGACGUUCUGGCCAACAGGUCUCUGGACUUCCUCCAGUAUAAAUCCAACUACCAGCCGUUCUUCAUGAUGGUGUCCAUUCCGGCCCCCCACUCCCCUUGGACAGCGGCUCCUCAGUACCAGAACAGCUUCAACGACACCAAGGCUCCCAGAGACCCCAACUUCAACGUCCACGGCAAGGACAAACACUGGUUGAUCAGACAGGCUAAAACCCCCAUGUCCAACUCUUCUGUUCAGUUUCUGGAUGAUGCUUUCAGGAAACGGUGGCGAACGUUGCUGUCAGUGGACGACCUGGUGGAGAAAAUAGUGAAGAGGUUGGAGGUCAGCGUUGAACUGGACAAUACGUACAUCUUCUUUACCUCUGACAACGGCUACCACACAGGUCAGUUCUCUCUUCCUCUGGAUAAGAGGCAGCUCUACGAGUUUGACAUCAGAGUUCCUCUCAUGGUCAGAGGACCAAACAUCAAGCCCAACCAGACCAGCCAGAUGCUGGUGUCCAACGUCGACCUCGGUCCGACCAUCCUGGACAUCGCCGGCUACAACGUCAACAAGACGCAGAUGGACGGCAUGUCCUUCCUGCCCGUUAUGGAGGGGAAGAUGAACAGCAGCAGCUGGAGAACUGACAUCCUGGUGGAGUAUGAAGGAGAGGGAAGCAACGUGACGGACCCGGCCUGCCCUCUGCUGGGACCAGGAGUGUCGGAGUGUUUCCCAGACUGUGUGUGUGAGGACUCGUACAACAACACCUACGCGUGUGUGCGCACAGUCGCCCCGUCUGCCAACCUGCAGUACUGCGAGUUCGACGAUAAUGAGGUGUUUGUAGAAGUCUACAACGUGACAGCAGACCCCUACCAGCUGACCAACAUCGCAAAGACCAUCGACCAGGAAGUCCUGGAGAAGAUGAACCACCGGUUGAUGAUGCUGCAGUCCUGCUCUGGACAGUCGUGUCGGACACCUGGCGUGUACGAUCCCAGGUAUAAAUUUGACCCACGACAGAUGUUUACGAGCCACAGCUGGCGGCUCAGCAGACUCCGACAGUAGAUGAAGUAAGAAGGACGGCGGGAGAAGACUGAGGAAGAGAAGGGCUGUAUUGUAUUUUAAUAUAUUCAGCCUUUCCUGCUAUUGUAGCCUUGUUUUCAGGCCUCCUGAGCCAGUCUCUUUGUAGAUGGAUGGAGAAGGGAUCGGGGGGGGGGGUUGCCAUAGAGACGGAGGCCUCUCUGGGUGCAGAACCCACCUUUUAAGCUUCCAGAUUGGGCUGCCGUUUAGUGAGUUUGUCAGUAGGUGUGCAGGGAAAUUAUUCAGGAUGGAUUUACACUCGCAAGCCAUUAAUUCCUGUUUUCUUGUAAGCAAUAUUCUGACUGCUCAGUCAGUCUAUCAAUUUAAAAUUCUGCAAACAAAUAUUUGACCCAGUUGUUAUAAAUCCAAGUCUGUUUUUUUUCUCUCUGUUGAGAAAAUCACAUCACUGAUCCAAAACAGUGGCCAGGUCACACAAGCGUUUUUAUUUUUUUUUUUAUUUACUCGUCUGAAUACUGUACAGGUUGCCUGCUGGUGCGUUCGGAUGGUCCUCAAGAAUUUGUCAGAAGGUGGAAAAUUUCAAUCUUCAUUUCAGAGAAAGUGAUUAAUCUGAGCAACUUCCAUGAUAUGCCAGUGUAUAACCUUUUUAUUUUUUUUUUGUUAUUAACACAUUUACUGUGACACGCUGGACAGAAGAAACUUUGUAGAGAUUAUUUCCAUUAUUGAUCAAGCAGUUAACUAUUUCUUCUAUUGAUCAUUAAGCAUAGACAAAUCAAAUACAUGUCCAUCAAAAGUUCACAUUUAUUUUUUAACAGUGAAAGAAAAUCAUUGGUAAAUGUAGAAAAACAGAUGUGAGAAUCGUUUUGUUUUGGGCAUUUUUACUAAACAAAUCAAAAUUAGCAUAUACAUUUGACGUUGAUUAUCCCUCGACUGUGUAGCUAUGGCCUAAUCAUAGCCUGCAUAUAAAAAGUCUCCACCGCCUA